CUGUUUUCGCACCCUUCUCGUCUACUUUAUUCGAAGCCUUCCCUCUACUGAAAUUGGAUGGUGGACACCUCCAUUUCCCCUUCAGUUUUUCAUUUGUUUUAGGGUUUCAUUUUGUUCUUCUUUCUUGUUUCCAGCUUCCAGUUUCUGCCCUUCUGAACUUUUCUCUCACAGACACACUUACACAGAGAGAGAGAGAAGGAGAUGGGUGGCGAAGGGUAUCUCCCUCUGUUUGAAACAAAGGAAUUGAAGGGUCGAAUCGCAUAUAGAUUGUAUGCACUCUCGGUGUUGGUUUGUUUUUCAUUGUUUUUGGCGUACAGAGUGACUCAUUUUCCAGGAAAAGAAGAAGAUGGAAGGUGGGCUUGGAUUGGAAUGUUUGGGGCUGAGCUCUGGUUCAGCCUUUACUGGCUGAUCAAUCAGCCUGCUAGAUGGAAGCCUGUCUUUCGACGUACUUUCAAAGACGGGCUCUCACAGAAAUACGAGAACGAAUUGCCGGGAGUGGACAUUUUUGUAUGCACAGCAGACCCCAAAAUAGAGCCCCCAGCCAUGGUGAUCAAUACUGUUUUAUCAGUCAUGGCGUACGACUACCCGCCAGAGAAACUCAGCGUAUAUCUCUCCGAUGACRGUGGGUCAGACCUAACAUUCUACGCUUUGUUAGAGGCCUCCCGUUUCUCAAAGCACUGGCUCCCGUUCUGCAAGAAAUUCAAGGUCGAACCUAGGGCGCCGGCGGCUUACUUUUCCACUGCAACUGAUCCACUUAAUCCAGUCGAAGCCGAGGAGUUCUGGUCUAUCAAGGUAAGCACCUACCUUUACUAUAAUUAAAAUAUGUUAUCGCCAUAAGUAUGUAUAGAGAGUACUCCUUCAGGUGUGGUGUGUUUGCUUUUGAUAGAAAAUAAGAAAGAAUUUUCCCUCGA